CACAAGAUCUCCCCCCAGUACCAGGUGGGUCAGCUGUACUCCGUAGCCGAGGCCAGUAAGAACGAGACAGGGGGAGGAGAGGGAGUGGAGGUGUUGAAGAAUGAACCAUACGAGAAGGAUGGGGAGAAGGGACAGUACACACACAAGAUAUACCACCUGCAGAGUAAGGUUCCAUCGUUCGUCAGAAUGCUAGCUCCAGCAUCGGCCCUUAACAUCCAUGAGAAGGCCUGGAACGCAUACCCAUACUGUCGCACAGUUAUCACUAAUGAGUACAUGAAAGAUAACUUCCUGAUCAAGAUUGAGACGUGGCACAAAACUGACCUAGGACACCAGGAAAACGUCCAUGGUCUGGAUGCAGAUACCUGGAAGAAGGUGGAUAUUGUUCACAUCGACAUCGCAGACCGCAGCCAGGUGGAUACCAAGGACUACAAGCCGGAGGAGGACCCCUCUAAGUUUAAGUCAGUGAAGACUGGAAGAGGCCCACUUGGACCGGACUGGAAGAAGGAACUCCCUAAGAAGACAGACUGCCCACACAUGUGUGACAAACUGGUGACAGUCAAGUUCAAGUGGUGGGGCCUGCAGAACAAAGUGGAGAACUUCAUCCAGAAGCAAGAGAAGCGUCUGUUCACCAACUUCCACCGUCAGCUGUUCUGCUGGAUCGACAAGUGGAUCGAACUCACCAUGGAGGACAUCCGUCGCAUGGAGGACGACACGCGCAAAGAACUGGACGAGAUGAGGGUGAAGGAUCCAGUGAAAGGCAUGGUGGCUCUGGAGGACUGAUGAGGCUUGAGGCAGACAGACAGACUGACCCUGCUGCUGAUCAGAACUGUAAACCUGACAGACACCAGCGGAUUCAACGCUCCUCCCCCACCUCCUCUUCCUCCUCUUCCUCUCUGUCAACAGAGCUUCUCCGCCUCCCUGGUCCUGCCCCCCUCCCCAGAUUGGUACAGUCUGCCAUUAAGACAGACAGUCAGUCCUAGUGUACAUAUCCACUAUAUAUAGUGUAUGGGGCAAUAAGGCCCAGCUGUGAGUGUGGAGAUGUAUUAUAAUAUAAACAGGGUUUUUAAAGCAUCAGUUCGUCUGUAUUAAAGGUUGUCAGUUUCUUUUCAGGA